AUGGCCGCCGCAGUGCAGAACCCACCCCCCGUCAAGGGCACCGACUGGGCCGACGACGACGACACCCCCGACCUCGCCUCCAACAUCCCCGCACCCCAAAUCACCAAGAACAAAGACGGCACCGAAACCGUCGUCACAAUCUUCAUCAACGAAGAGGGCAAAAAGGUCAAGCGCACCCAGCGCAUCCGCCGCACAGUCGUCAAGAAGCGCGAGAACCCCCGCGUCGCAGAGCGCCGAGCAUGGGAGAAGAUAGGCCCCGAGGCGGGCAAGCCAGCAGGCCCACGCCCCGACACCACCACCUUGGGUGAGAACAUCAUUUUCCGCCCACAGGCAGGUUUCAAGCCGGGAGGCGUGCAGGAGACGAAGCCGGAGGAGGACAAGAAGGCGGAGGCGUUGAAGAAGAUGCAGAUCAAGUGUCGUAUUUGUAGCGGAGACCAUUUCACGACCAAGUGUCCGUUCAAGGAUACGAUGGCGCCGGAGGGAGCUGAUGCGGAGCCGGCGGAGAUGCCGGAGGGGAUGGGACCGAGUGGGACUGGAGAGGGCGGGUUGGGAGCAGGUGGAAGCAGUUACGUGCCGCCGCAUUUGCGGAAGGGUGCAGCUGGUGCUUCGGGCGGUGAGAGGAUGGGUGGCAAGUUUGAGAGAGAUGAUCUGGCUACGCUCAGAGUCACCAACGUCUCUGAAUUCGCAGAAGAAGCAGACUUGCGCGAGAUGUUCGAGCGCUACGGUCGUGUCACGCGUGUCUUCCUCGCCAAGGACAGGGAGACGGGCAGAGCAAAGGGCUUUGCGUUCGUGUCAUACGCAGACCGCUCGGAUGCUGCGCGGGCAUGCGAGAAGAUGGACGGUUACGGUUACGGUCACUUGAUUCUGCGUGUCGAGUUUGCGAAGAAGAGCACCUAG